UCACAUCCGCCGGCAGCCUAACGAGAAGUUAGAGCAACCAAUGGGAAUCGAGCGCGCACUGUCGCUCGCCUUGCCCACCUUAGAAUUCGCAUUAGUUGUUGCGGGAGGCGGCAAAGAUGGCGGCCUCUGCCAAGCGUAAAUCUGAAGAUACUGAGGCGGCGGGGAGCAGCGACGGCAGGACUCGCUCUAAUAAACGAACCUCGAAGGAAAGCCAGUCGCGAUCGGGCGAUCGAAGCGCGGGUCCAUCGUUCGUCGAGGGCGCUAUCGUGAGGAUCUCCAUGGAAAACUUUCUAACCUAUGAUAACUGUGUGGUGUUUCCAGGUCCUCACCUAAAUAUGAUAGUGGGAGCUAAUGGGACAGGUAAAUCAAGCAUUGUAUGUGCGAUAUGUCUUGGAUUGGCAGGAAAACCUUCCUUUAUAGGACGAGCUGACAAGGUUGGUCAUUAUGUGAAGCGAGGUUGCAAUAAAGGAACAGUUGAAAUUGAGGUGUAUAAGGUGCCGAACAAUGUUGUAAUCACACGAGAAAUGUCUGUAUCAAACAACCAGUCAAUUUGGUUUCUUAAUAAAACCCCCAGCACUCUCAAAAUGGUAGAGGAACAAGUCUCUGCUUUAAAUAUUCAAGUGGGCAAUCUAUGCCAGUUUCUUCCACAGGAUAAAGUUGGAGAAUUUGCAAAAUUGUCCAAAAUUGAGUUGCUUGAAGCUACAGAGAAAUCUAUUGGUCCACCAGAGAUGUACAAAUUUCACUGUGAUCUCAAAAACUUCAGGCAGAGGGAGCGAGAACUUGAAAAUUUAUGCACAGAAAAAAAUAGCAAUCUAGAAAAAAUGAAGCAAAAGAAUGAAAGAUAUAAGCAAGAUGUGGAGCGAUAUCAUGAACGUCAGCAUCAUCUAGAUUCAAUUGCAAUGCUGGAGAAAAAAAGGCCAUGGGUGAUAUAUGAAGAAACACGGAAACUGUAUGAAGAGGCUAAAAAAAACCGAGAUAGACAGAAAGAAGAAUUAAAAACAUUGAGACAGACCCAGGCUCCUAUGAUUCAUGAGAUGAGAGAAGCUGACAAACAAUGUGCAAAACUGGAAGACAAAAUCAAGGAAAAGAUUGCAGCAAUCAAAGAAACAUCUCAGAAAUGUAAACAGCAACAGGAUGCUUUGGAGAAAAAAGACAAGCAAAUUGAAGAUAUUAAACUAGAUUUAAGGAUGAAACAAGAGGCAGAAAUGGAUCGCCAGAGGAGAAUACAAAAUACUCGUAAGAUGAUAGAAGACUGGACCAGUGAGCUUGAAAACACAGAGAAUGCUGAGAACAUUCAGCCUUUAAUGAAUUCUCUUAAUGCCAACCUUAGACAGUUGGAGGAAGAGAAGGCAAAUAUUGAUAGUGAACUAAACGAUCUCCGUAAGGAAAAGGAGAACUUGCUAAAAGAAAGAAAAGAUAUAGAAGAUCGCAUUACUCAAUUUGAAAAUCUGAUGAAUAUAAAGGAAGAGAAGCUGAAAGGGAGAUUCCAAGAUACACACAGUGCUCUUAUGUGGCUAAGAAAGAAUAGACACCGAUUUAAAAAAAGCGUCUGUGACCCUCUGUUACUUUCAAUAAAUAUGAAAGAUAAUAAACACGCUAAAUAUGUAGAAAAUCACAUUUCUGCUAAUGACAUGAAGGCCUUUGUGUUUGAAAUGAAGGAAGAUAUGGAAUUAUUUUUAAAAGAGAUGCGGGAUAAUUGCAAACUAAGAGUUAAUGCUGUAUGUGCACCUAGUGAAUCAUUUGCUGAAAAAAGACCUCCAAAACCAAUUGAAGAACUGUACCGCUACGGAUUUUGCUCUUACUUAAGGGAGUUAUUCGAUGCUCCCCUCCCUGUGAUGAAUUAUCUUUGUUAUCAAUAUCAUAUUUAUGAGGUUCCUGUAGGAACAGAGAAGACUAGGAAUAUGAUUGAAAGGGUAAUAAAGGAAACAAAACUUAAGCAAAUCUACACAGCAGAAGAAAAGUACACAGUAAAAAUAUCCCGAUACACAAAUCAGUCUGUUUCCACUAACAUAUCACUGAAGCCAGCACAAUAUCUUACUGUUACAGUGGAUGCAGAUAAAAGAAGACAGUUAGAAGAUAAAAAAAAUGAAAUUAACGAGCAGUUGCAAUCAUUGGAUUCUCAAAUGGCAUUACUAUCUGAGAAGCAGAAACGCUUCGAAUGCAAAGACAACCAACUCCGUCAAGAGAAAAAGGAACUCUUGGAACGAAAAAAUAAAAGGAAGCAAUUAGAAUCAAAAAUUAGUAUGAAAAGUGAUAGUUUAAGACAGAUGGAACAAGAUGGCAUCAAUCUGGAAGAAGAAUCUGAGCAAGCAAAUGCUAAAAUUAAGAAACUUAAUACUCAGAAAGUGAAACUUGUGAUUGAUUUUAUGCAUCUAAUAAAGAGUUGUAUGGCCCUUAAUGAAGACAAAACAAAUUUGGUGCUAGAGAACACAGUAGCUACUUUUCACAAGGGCAGACUUGAUGUUGAAUAUAGAGCUGCAACUGUACACCUUCGAGCUAUGGAUCAACAAAUUUCUGACCUGGACAUAAAGAAGAAUUCUCUUUUAACAAAGUGUAAAAGUUUACUGAGCAAUGCUAAAAAAGUUUGUAACCUUGGUAUGGAUCAAAACCUUCCAGAAGAUGUCUACAAGGCAUUCCUGGACCUUCCAAGCACAGUGGAUGAAAUUGAUGCUCUGCUGAAUGAGGAGAAAACAAGAGCUUCAUGUUUCACAGGCCUUAAUGCUUCAGUUGUUGAAGAGUAUAAUAAAAGAGUUAAAGAAAUAGCACAGAUGACAGCAGAACUGGAGGGGAAAAAAAAGGAACUGAACAGCUAUAGAAAAAAUAUUUCACAGGUUAAGGAAAGGUGGUUGAACCCUUUGAAAAAGAUGAUUGACAAAAUAAAUGAAAAGUUCAGCAGCUUUUUUAGCUCUAUGCAAUGUGCAGGGGAGAUAGAUCUUCAUGCAGAAAAUGAGGAGGAAUAUGACAAGUACGGGAUCCGGAUUAGGGUCAAAUUCCGUAGCAGCACGCAACUUCAUGAGUUGACUCCCUACCAUCAGAGUGGAGGAGAGAGAAGCGUUUCCACAAUGUUGUAUUUAAUGGCUUUGCAGGAACUCAACAGAUGCCCUUUCAGAGUUGUUGAUGAAAUAAAUCAGGGAAUGGAUCCAGUUAAUGAAAAGAGAGUCUUUGAUGUGGUGGUAGAAACUGCCUGCAAAAAGAGCACUUCACAAUACUUCUUUAUUACACCAAAGCUGUUGCAGAAUCUCAGUUAUGGAGAAAAAAUGACCGUAUUAUUGGUCUACAAUGGAUCAUCUAUGCUAGAAUCAAGCAAGUGGGACUCAAAAGCUUUCUUUAGAAGGAGGCGGAGAUUUCAACCAUGAUUAGCAGUAAAAUAUAUAUUCCUUUCUGAAACGGAAAAGAAAAAUAUUUGGAAAGAUCAAGAAUGAAUGUAUUUCUUAAAAGCACAAUUUCUCUCUUGUAAAAGCCAUUGAUAGCCAAUGUUUUAUAAGACUAAAACACUCACCUUUUCUUUUAUGCCUAUUUUUCUCUGAAGAACUGUAGAUACCAAUUUGGAAGACAAAUUGAUAAAUUGAAAGGAUGUAUUUUCUUACCAGCGAAUCAAUUGUUUUAGAUGAAUUUGGAAAAAAAUGUUCUGCCAGUUGUUCAUAACUUGGAAGCUUUAAUUACACUUGUUACAAUAUGGCCUUAUAAAUACAGCCUUUGGAUUAACUGAUAAACUGGUAGGUUCACCAAAUCUGUUCAAGAAAGAAGUUUAACUAUUUAAAUAUCUGUUCUAUCUAACUAUGGGAUACUGAACUAUGAAAAAUAGUCUUUCCAAUUGCUGCUAAAUGAUGAUAACUUCAAGCAUUUCUGAAAUAUAUAAAAUAUUCAGUGUCUUUUUAUCCUAAUCUUAGAAGCAACACCUGCUUGACUGGUAAUUUUAUACAUGGUACCAUUCUUACAGCAUGGUACAUACUUAUAUUUUGUUCCAUAUGUUUGUCUUUUUUAUAGGGAAAAAUGCCAAAUCUCUUUUUAUAUAAUAAAUAUAUAUAUGGGAAAUAGUAAUUUAUUUUCAGUUCUUUAACCCCUGUUAAUAUGGCAAUAGAAACUGACUCAAUAUUUAAAGUAUUUCUAAUAAUCAAAAAUAUCCACUAAGGAUCUCAGUCAUAAAAUCAUUUUUGAUUAGCAUAUCUAAAGCAUAAAUGCUUUGAGACAUGAAAUUUGUCUUUCUGAACCUAAGGAGCAAGGUCCGUCUCCAGUAGAGAAUAUUAUAGGGAAGGGGAGAAAUGUGUUUCUAUAAUAAUUGUUUAAACUGCAUUUUAAAAAUAUGAGAGACUAAGUCCCACGAGACACCAUGAUUAAUGUUUAAUGCAAUAAGUGCAGAGGUAUGGGUAUUCAAGAGUAUACACCUUUCUAAUCAGUUGAUUUUCAUUUUAUAAAAACCCAAAAGUUUAGCUUUGGGACCAGACAGAUAUAGAGUUCAUAUUUUUCUCCAUUGUCAUCUAAGAACUUUUCUGUUUGCUUACAUCACUUCCUUUUCCUGGAACUCUAAUGCGCUUAUUACUCCCAUUUGUAGACAGACACUUAGUGUCUCUUUGUCUGUAGCAUUGUGUGUGCCCUUGCAACACGGUUGUUCUUUCAUCAUGCAGCUCAGUAACAGAUCUGUUGGGAGGAGCUAACAAUGAGAAGGAAAUUCCAGCCAAGUUGCUGAAGAUAGUGUAACUAAGGAACCAGCUGUUUGUAACAGCAACAAGGAACCUCAUGUUCAUUUUAAAUUAUAUUGCAAAAAUUAAGAAUGCUUACAGCAACCAAGGGUAGUUUUUGAAGGUGCAGGGAAAACAUUUGAAUUAGGUUCAUUUCAGUUCCCUUACUCGAUUGCUGUGCUCAGAGUAUUUGAAUUCAUAUAUAGGUUUUCUUUUAAUAUUGAACUUAUUCUAGUUUACCACCAGAGGCCACUCUAAUCCCAUCUGUGGGAGAUCUGUUUUGCCAUGUGGAUUUGGAAGGUUUUAAAGGAAGUUGGGGAAGGGGGGAAGGCAGGUAAAUGCCUUCAACUUUCAGAAUGAAAGGAAGGUCUCUUUUCCCAUCUGAAAGCUAUUUGGGACUGCGUUUCAUUAUAGCAAUUGGGAAUGUUAGACCAAUUACAUCAAUGGUGGCCACUUCUGGAAAUCUGAGCCAGAAAAGGGGGGGGAAAAAAGGAAGGAAACACUGGUCCUGUGGAAAUAGGAAUAGCACCAAGGGUUGCUAAAUUGCAGAUAAGAUAGAAACUGGAUUCCGUCAACACUUUGAACUCCUGGAAAUACGCUUAUCUUUCUGUGUGAAAUAGAUAAAUAUGGACUGAUUUACUUGUUUACAACUUUAGAGAAGGAAGGGGGUUCUAGGCUGUUCCUGGAUGGAGAGAGUUGCAAAUAGGAUUGCAGGUAACAGAGGUUCAAUAAUAGUCUGUAAAAUAGCCUAAUUAGCCUUUAUAAUGUUGGGCAACAUUUUGACAUCAAGGUGUUGAGGUAUAAUUCCCAUAUUCCUUUACCAUUCAGUAUGUUGGCUAGAAUUGCAGGGAGUUGAACUUCAAGACCAUCCAGACAGUACCAAAAAAUUGCAUGACCCAAGCUUAUGAUUUCCUGUGAUGGUCUACACCAAGGCUGUCAAACUCACGGCCUGUGGCCUGGAUGCGUCAUGCACCGGCCAUGCCCAUGGCCGGUUUAGCAAAGGGGGGGGGGGGAGAGUCACAAUAGGUCACAUGAUGUGAUGACGUGAGUUUGACACCCCUGGUUUAUAGUAUGUGGUGCUUACAGUCGUUCCCAACUUCAUAUACCAUAGUAAUUCUCAGCUAACAGAUCGAAUGUAUUUGGAGGAGCUGAAAUUAGGAAAGAUUGCCCUAAAGUGACAUCCUCUUGUGCAAUCAUUGUGUUUUCCUCGGCAAACUUUUGCAUCCCUUUGUUUUUUUUGCCAUUAUAAACAGAAAGUUAUUCUAGCUGGAUGCACUUAUGCCC